CUCUUGUCACCCCCACCGUCAAAAUGACCUCUUACAUGAGCGCCAGCGAGGCCUUUGUCCGCGAAAAGAUCGCACCCGGCGCAAACAAACCAAUCCCUCAGUCCUUAUGGGCUGAUAAAUACCGCGGUGCUACCGUGGAGGACCUUGACCCCCCUCCAGCCCUCUCAGUCUCCCCUAGCACCCCAAUCUCCGCCGCUCUCCUUGCCGCGUACGAACGCGAUUAUACCCAUCUCACCGUUACCUCGUCGACCCACCGCUCUCUUCUCGGGUAUCUUAGUAUCCCCCGUCUCAAGGAGCUGCUCCAGGCGGGGGCUGUCCAGGAGUCUGAUUCAGUUGCUGCGGCCAUGCAGCGGUUUAACCGGAAACGAGGCACAUACCAAGUGAUUACGAUGGAAACGCCUUUGGAGGAGCUGGAGAAGUUCUUCGAGAGCGACGUGAGUGCCAACGGAGAGAAAAGAGAGAAGCAGGAGUUUGCGGUUGUCACGGAUGCCUCGAGAAAGUUUGUACUGGGUGUUGCGACCAAGGCUGAUUUGGAGGAGUUUGUGAAGAGAAGACCUUAAUUUUUCUUGCUUUCUUUCUGUCUUCCCCCCCCCGUCUUCAGCUGGUCAAGUCACCAAUGCAUUUCCAGGCGUUAUUUAACAUGGACUGGACGUACUAUCGGAUUUAUCAUCCUGAAUGACACGUAAACUAAUGUCUAUCAAAUCUGGAUACCUUGCCCAGAUUCCAGAAUAGCAUCCAACACUGUAAGCAAUAUUCCCUAUGAAAUAUCAAAACGCCGAGAAUCAUACACACCAUCCAAUUCCCAUAAAAUUAGUACCAGCGACAAAAAAAAAAAACACAAUAUUUUAAUACACGGUAAUCAGAACCUUUAUUCCGCCUUCUUCGACCUCUUCUUUGCCUCUGCUUCCCUCUCCUCUUUAUCCUCCUGCC